UGUAUCUGCCUGAUCAAAUAUGACUAAGACCAAAAAGGUGGUGCCAUGUUAAUGUGAACAAUCUUCAUAUGUAACACUGGCAUGCCUUCAGGCGUCAUGGUGGGUAUUUAGGAGCUGAGAACUUGAGGUGAAGUUGAAGACGGUGGAGCGAGAUUGAACAGCACACAUCUCUGGUGAGUAGAAGAGAAAGAUGGCAGAGGUUGAUGCAGUACAAUUAACAUUGUUCCGUUUGCAGGUCGGUCAUUCUGAGCCAUGCCUUCUGCUGUGACAACUAUCCUCCUGAUGGGGGCGCUGAUGGUCGCCCCUGCUUAUUCUUGGACUUUUGCAGAGGUGGCUGCUCUUUGUGCCACCACCGAGCUGCAGCCAUGUGAUGCUGGGGAGUACCGCCUGAACGAUGACAGCUGCGUCAAAUUUUUAACCUCCCAAAUGACUUUCAAGGAAGCCCAGGAAGGGUGUCAAUUAGUCGACGGUGCUGUGGUCAAAUUGACAAGCCAUGACGAGCACAAAAAGCUGGUGUGUAUGAUGUUUGCUGCUUUUCCGUUUCGACUCCACUACUGGAUUGGUGCCAAAAGAGGACCAGAUGCUUUUGAAUGGAUCCAUGGAGGUGAACCACUGGAGACUGCUCCUUGGCGUGAAGGUCAGCCUGAUAACUUCAACGGCAAUGAGAACUGCGUGUGGAUGAACUCUGGCUCUUGGGGUCCAUUCAACGACGGGCCGUGCUCCGAGUUAAGCGCUGUGCCAUGUCAGAUCGCAAAGUGAUUGUUUGCUUCUCCAAGGGCACGAGGAGCCGCGCUGUUUGUCUACUCAAGAGCACAAACACGCUUUUACUUUCAUUC